UAAUACGCUGUAUACGGAACUUUCCGCAGUAUUCAAACGCACGAGGACAUAGACCAAAAGGAGCGCGAGCGCGUGUCUCUCGCUGCCUGGCAGCAGUUUUUAGAUUGGUUCGACAAGAUAAUAAACAAGCGCGCUCUGUUGGAAAAACGCGACGGAGUCGACGUGAACGAGCUCGUAACAUCGACGGGCGACGUGGCGAGGGCGAUGACGAAAUAUCGAGCGCAGAGCAGGAUCGACGGCAUGCGCAAUAUCUGGAUCCUGAAACCGGGCGACAAUAGUUUGGGCCGCGGGAUCGUGUUGAAGAGCUCUCUGCUCGACAUACUCGCCAAGGUGAAUCAGGCGUCGAAGGAGAGCGCCCAAUACGUCAUACAAAAAUACAUCGAGCGGCCGUUGCUCGUACACAAAACGAAGAUAGACAUCAGGCAAUGGUUCCUGAUAACGAGCAUGCAACCCCUCAUCGUGUGGAUGUACAAGGAUGUCUUGGUGCGAUUCGCGUCGAAGGACUUCACCCUGGGCGAUUUUCACGAGUCCAUUCACCUGUGCAACACCACCGUGCAGCUGAGGUACCGGAAGUCACCGGGACGGAAUUCCGACGUACCCGAGGAGCUUCAUUGGAAUCUUCAAAACUUCAAGGAUUAUCUUCAAUCGCGUGAUCAAGAGCUGGCUUGGGAGAGCACCAUCGAGCCGGGGAUAAAGCAAAAUUUGAUAGGCGCGCUUCUGGCGUCUCAGGACAACAUGGUGAACCGCAAGAACAGUUUCCAGCUGUACGGCGCCGAUUUCGUGGUGGCGGAUGACCUUUCGGUGUGGCUGUUGGAGAUCAACACGAAUCCGCGAUUGUACCCGCCGAGCAGCGAAGUCACCGCGAAACUCUACCCGGAAGUGAUAGAGGAUGCGAUGAAAGUGGUUCUAGAUUGCCGCGAAAGUAAAACCGCGCCUCACGGCAGAUUCGAGCGUAUUUACAAGCAACGCAACCCGCUCUGCAGCGUCAACGUCUUGGGACAAGGCACGAGCCUCGGCAUUCGUGGCAAGGCUUUAUUCGCGACGCCGAAAUCACCGGCAAGAUCGCCGUUCCAACGUGGCCGCGCAUGAAAGUCGCGUCUCCGAAAUCUCAUUUCGCAAAGAAUUGCUUCAAUUUUAGUCCGCUAACGGAUUAUCCGUCCGAUCGUGAUGAAAGCAAUUUCGUAUUAGCAUACAUACGAUUUUACCGAUGUCACGUGCAGUUUAGGAGAUCUAUCGGAAAGUCUACCACAAACAUCAAAUGCUGAUCAUUAAUCUUUUUUUUUUUAAGCGAAAGCGGCUUUUCUGCUCACGCAUUUCAUGACCCUUCUUGACACGCUAGAAAACUUUGUAAAUAAAAUUUCCGGAGUAUCCGGUAGUAUGAGGAAACGAAUUUUCAAUAUUUCAUCUGAGAAGCGUGUUGAGAGGCCGCGAUUUUUUCUGUAAAUUGGUUUAAAACUUUAACAUCUUCGUUCUCACUACUGUUGCCAAAAAAAUAUAUAUCCCGAGCAAAUUUGGAAAUAAAAUCCAAUCCCGGACCAUUCCUCGUCCUUGUAUAAUUCUAAAUUGAACUUAAUCGUAACUCAAUGCGCAAGACAAAAUAUAUAAAUAGCUUAGAAUUUUUCAGAAUUAAUUCUCAUGUUCAACUUGUGUUCCGAUUUAUAGCAGCGACCGAGCGCGAUUAUUGCAAAAGCGUAUUUAUGCUUCCUUUUUUUCUUGCGUCGUCAGCGUCGCGCGACACGCAGGAUGACACAUGCAGGUUAAUCGCUAGAUGGCUGAUUUAUUAAAAACGUGUUUAUUUUACAAGUAACAAUGCGAUAGGUAUACAAUUUUACAUAAACUGAAAUUUUUCCUCUUCACAGAAAACAAUGUGUGUACACAUAGCUUACAGUACAUCUAUAGGUAGAAUUAUGCUAUACCCGCAUUUAUACGUAUUUGCAUACAAAUUUCGUCUACAUUCGUAAUUACUCGUAGUAUAUGUAUACUACGAUAUAUAGCUAUAUAUUUUCUGUCCGUCUGUCU